AUGAAGAUCUUGACACCCCAGGAAGAGAAAGAGCAUUACAAUGCCACAAUCACAGGAGGCAUCGGAGGCGGUGCGAUAGGGACAGCAGUAGGCGCAUUGGGUGUCUACGCAGCAACAGCGAGAUACCCAGCCUUCAGAUCCUUAUCAGUACCAUUCCAAGCUUUCUUGGUCACCAGCACAGGCACAUUCGCAGCCAUCAUCUCCGCCGACACUUACUCCCGCAGCUACGAACGAAGUCGCCAUCCCGAGAAGAACUAUGUCGACGACGAAGAGAAGCUCCGCGCGCAAGCCCAGUCCCAAAAGUCCACCCAGCAACGAACAAUGGAAUGGCUGUCCGAAAACCGCUACGGCGUCGUCUUCGGCUCAUGGGUAGCCUCAAUGGGCACAGCUCUGGGCCUUGUAGGACGAAACCCCUACCUCACGACCCAACAAAAGCUCGUCCAAGCCCGUGUCUACGCCCAAGGCCUCACGAUCGCCGUCGUCAUCAUCUCCCUCGCCUUCGAAGGCACGGACUCCGCAACCGGCCGAGGACGAUGGGAAACGAUCAAAGUCCUGGAUCCAGACGACCCAACGCAUAAGAAUAUGAUUGAGAAGCAGAUCCAUCAUGAACGUUACGCGGGCGAGGAUCAAUGGCGGGACAUGGUUGCCGCGGAGGAGGAGAGGAUCAAGGACCGGGAGGAGGCGGUGAAGCAGGAUCAGGAGAGGCAGCAGAAGAAGGGGAAGAAGAAUGUGCAUCCGGAGAAGCAUGAUGCGAAGCAUGCGACGCAGGGAAAGCCGGAGGAGGCGAAGGCGAAAGGGGUCAACGCGCCGUGA